AAUGACCAUAUAUUAUAUAAAUCAAAUGUUUUCGAAUGAGCAGAAUCUGAUACAUUUAACAAUUGACAAACUGAUUCUGCUCGCCUCUGUCCCCUUUAAAUUCAACUGCGUCGGUCGAAACAAACCCCAAAAAAAAAACAAAGAAAGAAAAUCCCCCGAUCCCCUUCUCUCUCCCGCGGCCGGCGGCGCGAGCGUCGGCGGCGGCGGAGCGGCGUCUCUGCUGCUGGAGCUGCUCUGAGCUGCUUGCUUGCUUGCACAUUGCUGGUUGUCGCCGAUGAAGCUGCUUCAGCGCGUCAACCCCACGGCAGCGGCGUCGCUCACGGCGCUCGCCGUCGUCGUGCUGCUCACGGCGUCGGCAAGCCGCCCUUCGUUCCUCCGGAGGUUCGAGCCCAGCAUCGCGUCGCUGCCGAGGGCCGCCCGGCGCGCCGCGCCGGCGGACUGCGACAUCUUCCGCGGCGAGUGGGUGCCCGCCACCGCCGCCGACGACGGCGCGGCGCCGUACUACACGAACGCCACCUGCGGGGAGAUCCAGGAGCACCAGAACUGCAUGAAGUACGGCCGCCCCGACCUCGGCUUCCUCCGGUGGCGGUGGCGCCCGGAGCGCUGCGAGCUCCCGCGGUUCGACGCGGCGGCGUUCCUGGACCUCCUCAGGGGCAAGUCCAUGGCGUUCGUCGGCGACUCGCUCUCCAGGAACCAUAUGCAGUCUCUCCUGUGCCUCCUCUCCAAGGUGGAGAAUCCGAGAGAAGUCCCCAAGACGGCGGAUCCAGAGUUCAGGGCGGUGCGGUACGAGUCCCACAACUUCACCGUCGCCGUCUUCCGGUCGCCGUACCUCGUGACGGCGAACCAGUCGGACCCCGCCGGCGGGAUGUGGGACCUCUACCUCGACGAGCCGGACGCCGCCUGGGCGACCGCCGUGGCGGGCUUCGACUACGUCGUCGUCUCCACGGGGAUCUGGUUCAACCGCCCGACCAUGUUCUACGAGCGCGGCCGCCUCGUCGGCUGCUACAGCUGCCGCCUCCCGGGCGUCCCCGACCUCACCCUCCGCUACUCCCUGCCCCUGGCGUUCCGCACCGCGCUGCGCGCGCUCACCGCCGCAAGCGUGUUCAACGGCACGGUGAUCGUGCGCACGCUGUCGCCGACGUCGCACUUCGAGGGCGGCGAGUGGGACAAGGGCGGCGACUGCCGGCGCACGCGGCCGACCGCGGCGAGCGAGGCGCGGAUGUCCGGGCUGGACGUGGACUUCCACGCGGCGCAGGUGGAGGAGUUCAGGAGGGCGGAGGCGGCGGCGGCGGCGAGCGGGAGCGCGGUGAGGAUGCUGCUGAUGGACGCGACGGCGGCGAUGGUGGCGCGGGCGGACGGGCACCCGAGCCGGUACGGGCACUGGGCGCACGAGAACGUGACGCUGUACAACGACUGCGUGCACUGGUGCCUCCCUGGACCCGUCGAUGUGUGGAACGAGAUGCUGCUCCAGAUGCUGCUGCGUCAUCAAUCGUGAAGAGUUUUCUGGUUCAUCUUUGUAAUUUUUCUCUCUCAAAAUUUUCAUAUAGAAAUAAGUUUAUUUAACCCCUCAAAUUCUAUAUAUGGUGUUUAACUAUGACAUAGAAGUACCCUCCAAUAUUCACAGACAAGUGCCCUGCCGGUGCACUAGGAAUUUAGUACUUGUACUUGCUUUUUUCUAUCCGUGAGUUUUGAGUGGGAGCAACUCUUUUUCUA